GCGGGGCGGGGGCUGCGGCGCCGCUGCCGGGCUCCUCGGCCACGGCCGGGGCCCGGAACGGCAGCAGCGACAGUCUGGAGAAGAUCGACAUGUCCCUCGGUUUGGAAGUCGGUAAUGGCAAGUCUCCUUCUUAACUCCAUCAGUACUUUACCUGUCAGCUCAAGCUCGAUGUUCUCUACCACAUAGUUUCCUGUGACGAUCUACCCCUUUCUCCCCGGUCCUCCCAUUCGUUGGUUAUGUGUGUUAAUGAUAUAAUUAAACUGAACAAGAAAGAAGAAAGAAAACAGUAUUCCCCCAAAAUAAAAAGAGGGCUUCAACAGAAUCGAACUCGACAGUUCAGGACACCAGGCUCCAAGUGGGGAAUCCAGCAGCAGAAAGGUUAUGGUAAAAAUCGUUUGGGACGCAGAAAGAAGAUGGGUGGGAAGAAACGUUCCUAUGGAGUUAUAACUGGCUUGGCAGCCAAGAAAGCGAUGGGGUCACGCAAAGGAAUUAGUCCCCUGAACAGACAGCCCCUUACUGAGAAGAAUGCACAGCGGAAUUAUCCAGUCCUGAAAAAGAGAACAAACCUGCAGAGACAAUCUGAAAUGCAGAGAAAACAAACUCCAGCCCUCAGGAGGCCUGCCCCACUAAACAGAAGGAAUAACAUACCGUCCACUUUUGCCAGAAUUGGAAAUAAACUAAAUCAGCAGAAAGACACUCGUCAAGCAACUUUCCUGUUUAGAAGGGGUCUGAAGGUGCAAGCCCAAGUGCAGUCAACAGAUGAUCUUGAUAAUCAGACAGUAAAGAGAACUCGUCAAUGGCGAACUUCCACCACAAGUGGAGGGAUUCUGACAGUGUCCAUUGAUAACCCAGGAGCCAUAAUAACCCCAAUUUCUCAGAAGUUACGAUUGACUCGUACUCCUGUGCCACCAUUUCUGAUGAAGAGGGACCAAUCCGAAGAGAAGAAGAUUCCCAAAGGGGUUCAAUUGCAGUUUGAUAUUAACAGUGUUGGAAAACAGACAGGGAUGACACUGAACGAACGUUUUGGGAUCCUGAAGGAGCAGAGGACAGCGCUGUCUCAGAACAAAGGAAGCCGUUUUGUGACAGUGGGCUAACCUGGCGGAUGGACUUGAACACUAUUCCACCUUCCUAAGAAACUGAAAUCAAAGUAGGCAGAAGAUUUCAGCACGUCGCUGUAAUUCUUCAGACUACUUGCUAAGAUGGUGGCAGAGUUAUCUUAUCUUUGUUACUUUUACUUGGAAUGGUAAAAGACAUGAUGCCCUUAGGGGGGGAAGGUGGGGAAACUGAUCCACUGGAGUGGCAUCAUCACUUGGUUGGAAAAGAUUCUGUUGCCCAGCUGAUGACAAACACUGAUUUUUGUUCAUCUUGCAACCAAAACACAAACAGGAAUUUCAAAAGUUGGUAUUUUUCUUUUUCUUUUUUUUUUUUUUUGUCUAGGAGUAUUGAGUAUCUGUUCUUUGACCCCUCUAUUAUAGUAAAAAUUGUGUGUUUCAUAAUAAAUCCCAUUUUAUGGUUUUUUAGGGAUUGCCUAUGAACUUCCCUUUGGACUGCAGUUUGGCACAGAGCCCCAGUCUGUGGAUACUUCAGUAGUGAUGUAGCAGUGUUUUCCAUGGGAGCAUUGGUUGUACUUUGUGCUUUUGAAAUUCAGGUUUUUUCCUUUCUCGAAAACUAGUUUUGCAUCCUCACUUUCACAAAUAAAGCUGUUAGCUAAGACCCAAAAUAAUGAAACUUGGAUGGAGACUAUUCUACUCUUACCCUUAAAACUGGUUCAGAUCAUAUUGAAGGAAUACUGCACAGGCAGUAUGAAAGUAAUUUAUAUUACAAAUAGCUCAAGUUCAUCAUGCUCCUCUGUAAAUGGAGUAUGUCUGUCUCCUAUUUUUUUCUUAAACAUUUGCCUCCUGUUUCUUUUUGUAAGUUUUUUUUUCACAAACUUAAUGCAAUAACUUCAUAUUUUUUAAGAAUUCAUAGGAAUAAAUACAACAGUCCACAAGAAAGUCAGUGGUAUGGUAGAGUUCCUUACCAUCCCAGACACGGGAUCCUCAUUUUGCAGACCUUUCUCUGUGUUUUACAAGUAGCUGGAGGCGAUUUCUCUGGCUCUUAGAAACAAAAUGGCACUUGUUUGUGUAUACCAAAGAGAGGUAUGAUGUGGAGCUGAGCAGAAGCAGUCAGACAUCUUGAAAUUGGCUGAAACUGGGGGGUGUUGCUGGAGAAAAGCCCUCAGUUUGCCAACAUGUGUAAGGUAUUAAGCAGGAGCAUGUAGUCACUUGCUUUUAAGCUUAGCUAUGUCAGAAUCUGCAGGAUGGUAACAGCUGGGGUAUCCUCAAUGUGAAUUUAUCCCUAAAAAUGAGGCACCUCUUCAGAGUUACUUCCAGACCAGGAACUGAUGAACUGUUCUCACUGUUCUAUAGCAAUGAGAUUUAGGUACAGUCAGGUAAAAGAAUCAUUGGCUUGCUGCAUCCAGAAAUGUUUAUGGUGUUUGAAGUGGGUUUAAUUCCUUUUAUUGUUCCUGAAGAAUUUACAUUUGACUUCCUACCAAGUUGAUUUCCUUACAUUUUUAUCUUAAGUUCCAAGUUAACUAGCAUUUACUGGGAGCUCCAACAUUGAAGAGCAUUUGAAAGUAGGAGGGCUUUUGUUUGUAGAGCAGUUUUAAAGUCAGAGUGCAUCUUGAUGCUAUAUUGUACUUAAACCCUUAUUUUUAAUGUUGAAAAAUAUACCUUAGCAGAAGCAAACUAAACGUAAUGGUGUUAAGGGUUUUUUUUUCAGAAUUACUAGUAGGAAUUUUUAAAAAAAUGUUCCACUGUUAGAAUUUGAGUAGAUAAAGUGUUGUCAGUCAUCCUGUUUCAGUGUAUACAUUUUCCAUGUGCCAGGAUGCAACAAAAAAAUCCUUUUGCAUCAGCAUAGAUGCAAAACAUUGAUGCAAUGCAUCAAAAAAUGCUAGUUUGUAUUUAAUGAGAGGAUGCUUUACACUGUACCUUUUGGUAUUUUUUGGAGAAGUUACUACAUUUGAUCUAUUCUGAAGCUGUUAAUUUUUUUUUUUUAAUAAAAAGUUACAGGUUU